ACUUAUGUGGUGGGUAAUAGACAAGUGAAGAAGUGGUAGGAAAGAGAGGGUUGAGUAGGGAAGCGUGGGGGGUUUUGAUGGAGCUGCUGGUGCAUAUCCUCCUUGAGUAGUAGGAGGAGGAGUAGUAGUCAUAGAGUAGUAGUAGUAGUAGUAGUAGGUGCAGUUAAAAUGAAACAAGCAUACCAUCGUCAACAUCUUCAUCAUCAUCGCUAAGUAUUUGGAGCGGAAAGCGGAAGAAAGCCUGAUGUUUAGGAGCAACAACGUGGCUGCAAGGACUUUUGAGCGCCAGAUUUGCACUCCUUCUCCGGGCACCAGUAUACAGCGUGCCAGGCGAUUUUAUGAGAAUCUAGUGCCAAGUUGUACCAUAUAUGAUGUUGAAUGUCCUGAUCAUUCAUUCCGCAAGUUCACUGAUGAUGGUCAGUACCUCAUAAGUUUCAGCAGAAAUCAUCAGGAUCUAAUUGUUUAUAGACCAACAUGGCUGUCAUUUUCAUGCAAAGAUGAAGAUUGUGAUACUCGUGAUCUUCCCUCAAAAGCCAAGAAGUUUGAGAGCUUUUUCACCCAACUAUACUGUGUACAACUUGCUUCCACCAGUGAGUUUAUAUGUAAAGAUUUCUUCAUUUACAUAGAGAAUAACCAAUUUGGACUCUUUGCAACUUCAACUACACAAAUUCAUGAUGCACCUGCUGCUGGAGGAGCUAUUCAAGGAAUCCCUUAUAUUGAAAAGAUAACGUUUCACCUUUUGAGAUUGGAAGAUGGAGUUAUACUUGAUGAGAGGGUUUUCCACAAUGAUUAUGUUAAUCUGGCCCAUAGUAUGGGUGUGUAUUUGUAUGACGAUUUGCUGGCUAUAGUGUCACUCCGCUAUCAAACAAUACACAUUCUCCAAAUUAGGGACUCUGGGAAUCUUGUUGAUGUUCGAGCAAUUGGGGAAUUUUGCAGUGAAGAUGAUGAACUCUUUCUCAAUUCCAAUCCUCAGGUGCCUGUUAAUCAUGUUGGGAAUGGUCUGCAGCAUAACCAAUCUAUUCCAAAUAGCUCUUUCCUGAGUGGUAUCAAACAGCGCUUGCUUUCAUUCAUAUUCCGUGGGAUAUGGGCUGAAGAAACUGAUCAAACCCUGAGAAUCCAAUGCCUGAAGAAGAAGUUUUACUUCCAUUUUCAAGAUUAUGUUGAUUUGAUUAUUUGGAAGGUACAAUUUUUAGACCGGCAUCAUCUACUAAUCAAGUUUGGCAGUGUUGAUGGAGGGAUGUCAAGAAAUGUUGAUCACCAUCGUGCAUUCUUUGCUGUAUAUAACAUGGAGACAACUAAAGUGGUGGCAUUUUAUCAGAAUUCAUCAGAGGAGCUUUAUUUCUUAUUUGAGCAGUUCUGUGAACACUUCCAUGCAACAUCAAAAAAUUCGCUGUCUAUGAAUUUCAUAUCGUCUCAUUCAAAUAACAUUCAUGCUCUUGAGCAACUAAGGUGCAAUAAAAAUAAAUCCAACAUAUUUCCACAGUUUGUGAAGAAGAUGCUGGCCUCUUUGCCUUUUAGCUGUCAGUCUCAAAGCCCUUCUCCCUAUUUUGACCAAUCUCUCUUUCGAUUUGAUGAAAAGCUGAUUUCUGCAACGGAUCGGCAUAGGCAGUCGACAGAUCAUCCAAUCAAGUUCAUCGCAAGAAGGCAACCGUAUUCCCUAAAAUUCAAGAUUAAACCAGGACCUGAAGCUGGAAGCACAGACGGUCGGACGAAGAAAAUCUCUACAUUCUUGUUCCAUCCAAUUUUGCCAUUUGCUCUCUCUGUCCAGCAGACUUUGUUUUUGCAGCCAUCAGUUGUAAAUAUUCACUUCCGCAGAUGAUUAUAUUUUCUAUUCUAUUGCUUCUACCUACCCACCAUUUGCAACUGGGAUUAAAAUUUAUCAGCAAAAUUGUGUGUAUAUAUGUUUAUAUUUAUAUAUUUGCAUUAUUUUUCUCCCAAGACAUUAAAUUUAACCAUGAUCAGUUGCUAACUUUUAAGAACUUUUUUUAUGUUCU